CUGAAGGGUUGACACGGCCCUCAGGUCGUCUCGACCCUUAAUACCCAACCAAAACAACACCACCUCCAUUUUUGUCAAUAAUUGGAACUAUUUGAUGGGGAGAACCAAGGCAACGAUAACUGAAGAGGAGAAGGACGUGGCUAGAGUGCAGCUGUUGUGUGUGUGGACCUCAAGGAUCAAGCUGCCUCAGCUGGCACUGCUGUGUCACCUUCAAAAUGCUAAGGAAGACCAAAAUUUUGCAGUAAAGAAACUUUACUGGUAGAAGCUAAAGCAUAUUCUUAGUCACUGCAAUAAGAUUCUUCUUCUUGCAUUCAGUAAAAAAAAAUAAAUCCAACCAAUGAAUCAGAGCAUAUGCCCGGAAUGAUACGUGCAUACAUCCCCCGCUAUCGACAAGUAGAGGGUGAAGGGGGCAGGAGCCAUUAUGUCUAUUGCUUAGAAGUUUGCUACGUGGGACGCGUCCAUAAGCUUGAGAAGAGAUAUUCUGCAUUUCAUAGCCUGUACAAAGAGUUGCACAAGCUGUAUCAAACGGCAGAAUUUCCUCCCAAACGCUUGCGAAACACAACCCCUAAAGUACUGGAGACACGUCGAGCAGGAUUAGAACUCUGGCUACAUUCCACUCUUCUGCUUCAGCCAACUCCACCAGCUUUAUUAGCAUUCUUACAAGUUCACAAUUACCAGCCUCCACGUCAAGAAUGUGAUGACAGUGGAUAUGAGGGAAGCCCUUGCCACCAGCCUGUACUCAUCUUCCCCUGUGACCCAUAUGUAACAGCCCAUAAUAGUACUACGCCCACGCUCACCAGCACUGUUACGAAGGGAGUUCUUACAGCACUCUAUGACCAGAGUUUUCGUGUACCAUCUUGAACUAGGCUACUAGAGAGCUAUAUUCAUUAACUGUGAGAGACCUAGACUAAGAUAUCAAUAUGCAUGACAUAUUUUGAAGUUUAAAUGUACUGUAAUCUCAUACAUAGAAUGUAAAUAUUUAAACCAGAUGUGGAUAAUGUAAUUGAAAAAUGUAUGACCAUUUUAAGUAAACAUUUGAGAAAAAUAUUGUGUCUCAGAAUGGAAGGAAAGCAUUUGAGGUUCUGGCAGUGGAUAGUAUUUGGAGUGUUGUGGUUAGCCUAUGGGUCAACCUACCUUCUGAGAAAGCCACUUGGAGUGAUCAAAGCAGACUUAGAAAGUGGAUUAAAUGUAAGCUCAGCCAUCCUUGGGUGGGUAGAUACAGCACUCCUUUUGCCAUAUGCUGCAGUAUCUCUUACUCUUGGGUCUGUGGGCGACCGUUUGGGGUCACGUGUAACUUUGGCAGGAGGUUUAAUUCUUGCUGCUGCUGCUACUGCACCCAUGACUGUGUGCCAGUCUCUUUCCUCAUUACUAACAUUAUUGGCCUUCAGUGGAGCCAGUCAGGCAUUGUGUUGGCCAGCUUGCUGUGCUUUACUAUCUCGCUGGUUUUCCGAUGCCUCUCGUAAUUCAGUGUUUGGAAUGUUUGGCACAUGCUGUUUUGUUUUUGGGAUGGCUGGUACAGGUCUGGCAGUGUACUUACAGGAUGCUUAUGGAUGGCGCUCUGUAUUCUUGCCUCCGGCAAUGGUGGUAACCAUCUUGGGUGUAAUUGUCUUUGAGAUAGGUCGAGACCCAAGUGAGCGAGGCUUAGUAGUACCAGGUCGUGCUGCUAACCAGCAUGUACCACAAAACAAAACCAGUACUGAAAGUAAAAUGUCCAUGAUGGCAGUGUGGAAAGUAACUCUUGUGCCAGAAGUGUCUAUUGCCAUGUUCUGUGUCAAGUUUGUACGCUAUGCUCUUAUGUUUUGGUUGCCCUUUUAUCUGUUACGUUCUCUUAACUACUCCAAAAUUAAUGCUGGGCUAGCAUCUACUGCUUUUGAAUUAGGUGGUGUAGCAGGGAGUGCAUUUGUUGGCGUAGUGGUAGACCAUUGGAUGAAGGGUCGUGCAAUAUUGACUAGUGCUUUGGCAGUUAGUGGAUCAGCUCUUGCUCUGUUGGCCUUUAUAGCCACAGCAUCUUGGGGCCCAAUUUUUCAUGUGAUUUUCUUGGCUCUUGUAGGUGCCUUGAAUUGUGGCCCAGAUAUUCUACUUUGUGGCUCAGUGUCAGCAGAUAUUGGUGAGAGAGAGGGAGGAGCAGCAUCUGCAGUGACAGGAGUAGUGAAUGGCAUGGGGUCUUUGGGUACAGUCUUAGAGGGCCCUCUGGUAUCUUUAGUAGCAGCCUGGUUUGGAUGGUCAUCCAUGAUGCCCCUUAUGAUAUUGCUGUCUUGUUUAGGAGCCAUUGCUGCUUUCCGUGCUAAUUCUAUUCACUCUCGCAUUGAAGGUCGGGUCAAACUCUCUUCCAUGGAUACAGUACCAUGAUGGUUAUUCUCAGUCUGUCUUUUCUCAAAAUUUAGAAAGCACUCAAGAUCACAUAUUGUUUGACUUUAUGUAUGCUGUAAUAUAUUAUAUAAAUGUGUAAAAUAAUGAAUUAGAAUAAAUCUGGUUGGUGUUAUGAACAAGUACAGUGCAAUGGUACACCUAUAUACUGUAAUUUACAGUACAUAUGAUGAGGUGACCAAUACUGUGCAAAGUUAUAAUAUUUAUAUCUGUAAAAUAAGGUAAUUGUGGGCAGAUAUUCACCAUUGAUGUUUUGUUUUUCAGUCAGUAAUUGGAUCAUUAUGUUGUUAAAUGUUUAGUCAUGAGAAGUAGUGUAGUUAAAUAUACAUGUGGUUGUAACUGUUAAGAUUCAAGCUGUUUACAUGCUUAAUAUUAACACUAUAUUUGAUCUGAAAUCUAAGAACGAUUGUAAUAAUACUUUGAGACUAAAGAUGCUGUACUAUUUACUAGCAUAUAUCAUGUUAAGGUAAAAACUCUAUGCCAAAGAUAAUUAUCAACCUGUGAUUCUUUUUGUGUGUUGCUGAUAUAAAUGAAAUUGCAAAAAAUAUAUUGUUUCCUAAAAUGUUCAUGUUCAUCAUGCUUUGUGUGACCCUGUUGGACAUUAGCAGGCUUGUGUGAGUGCAUUAAAUAAGAGUGAAGGCAAGUGGUUUUAUGACUGCUGUUGGAGUAUGAACAUGGUAAUAUUAAUGAAGGGAUUCAGGAUUUGAAUCAUGGCAGUGGAAAGUAUGGUGUUUGCACUCUGAAGGAAGGGUGGGGAUGUCUAAGUUCAGAGGGCCGUCUGAACUGCGAUAUCAGAAUGCUUUUAAAAAGGCAGUGAUGAAAUGAGUGAAGGUGAAUAAGUUUCCUCUUUUUCGGGUCACUCUACAUCAGUGUGGGAUGGGUGAUGUGUUCAAUACAUACAUACAUACACAUACUAUAUUCGUAGCCAUCUUGAAAGGCAUAAAUUGAUUAAUGAAUCUCAGCAUGGUUUUACAAAGGGGCAUUCCUGCCUUACAAAUUUACUAACUUUUUUCACCAAGGUAUUUGAGGAGGUAGAUCAUAGUAAUGAAUACGAUAUUGUGUAUAUGGACUUCAGUAAGGCUUUUGAUAGAGUUCCACAUUAGAGGCUAUAGAGGAAAACUAAGGCACACGGAAUAGGAGAAGAAUUUUUUUCCUGGGUAGAGGAGUGGUUGACAAAUAGGUAGCAGAGAAUAUGCAUCAUUGGGGAGAAAUCAGAGUGCGGGUGCAUCACGAGUGGUGUUCCACAGGGGUCAGUGUUGGGCCCUUUAUUGUUCACAAUUCUUAUGAACGAAGUUGAUGAGGGAAUAAAUAGCGACAAGCAAAUCUGCUGAUGAUGCCAAAAUAGGUCACCUAAUUGAUUCAAAUGAAGACAUUAGAGCACUCCAAGAAGAUUUAAAUAGACUGAUGAAGUGGUCGGAGAAAUGGCAGAUGCAGUUUAAUAUAGACAAAUGCAAAGUUCUAAACACUGGACAAGAAAAUAACCAGGCCACAUAUAAACUAAAUAAUGUAGAUCUUAAUAUUACUGAUUGGGAAAAGGAUUUGGGAGUUCUGGCUAGCAGUAAUCUAAAACCAAGACAACAGUGCAUAAGUGUUCUUAAUAAAAUGAACAGAAGCCUUGGCGUCAUAUCAAGGAGCAUAAAUAAUAGGAGUCCUCAGGUUAUUCUUCAACUCUGUAUAUCUUUGGUUAGGCCUCAUUUAGAUUAUGCUGUACAGUUUUGGUCAACAUAUCAUAGAAUGGAUAUAAAUGCACUGGAAAACGUACAAAGGAGGAUGACGAAGUUGAUCCCAUGUAUCAGAAAUCUUCCCUACGAGGAUAGACUGAGGGCCCUGAAUCUGCACUCUCUAGAAAGGCGUAGAAUUAGGGGUGAUAAGAUUGAAGUGUAUAAAUGGAAAACAGGAAUAAAUAAAGAGAAUAUAGAUAGCGUUCUAAAAAUAUCUAGCCACGACAGGACUCACAGCAGUGGUUUUUAAGUUGGAAAAGUUCAGAUUCAGGAAGGAUAUAGGAAAGCACUGGUUUGGUAAUAGAGUUGUAGAUAAGUGGAACAAACUCCUGAGUAGAUUAGAUAAAUACAUGAGUGGAGCAAACUCCCAAGUAGGUUAGAUAAAUACAUGAGUGGGUGUGCGUUGGACCUGACUAGCUUGUGCUAAUAGGUCUGAUGCCGUGCCCCUUCCUUACGUGGAUGUGACCUGACCUACUAGGUGGGUCAUUGGUUUAAGCCAGGAGGUGACUUGGACCUGCCUCGCUGCAGUGUUCCUUCUUUCUUAUGUUCUUAAAGUCUCAACAGCAUUUUCCGAGGCAGGACAACCGAAAAAGGAAAAAGUUACCAUCAUUCAUUUAAAUGCUGUCUUUCCAGAAUAGUGCUGACAUCACAAUCAGAUUACCCUCUGCAAAGUCUCCAGUCUUCCUUCUUGCCAAGGAAGGGCCACCCAAAGAAGAUUUUUUUUUCUUUCUUUCUUUUUUAAGAUAAGGAUACCUAAGAGAAGUUUUCUGAAUGUACUUUGGUUAACAGGAUAGGACAACAUGACUUCUGUAGACUUGUUACAUAUUUAAAAAAAUUGCAAUAUUUAUUCUACAUAACCAGUAUUAUGUUUUGCAGAGAUCGUCAUUAUAGAUUUUAAAUAAGAAAUCAUGUCUGAAAGCAUUAAUUUGGCCCAGAGCUUGUGUGAAAUAUGAAAAAAAAUCAUUUUAAUCUCUCUUAAAAAUAAUAUUUUUUUCUCCAUAUUAGUUUACAUAACCUGCACUUAGGAGAGGGAAACAUGACAGUGUUUUGGUCCAACUUGGACCACUGACAGGUUGCAAUAGUUUAAUAGUAAUUUAAUAGUUUAGUAUAUUUUAUGACAAAUAUACACAAGAGAGGUAUAUUUUCAGCUGUUUCAGGAUCAAAAUGCACAUUUUUAACAUAUAAUAUCAGGAGGGAUACAUUUCGACAAAUAAAACUUGCUGUGAUACUUUUCAGUACAGUGUAAGGUUGAGUUUCCUUGGAUACUCAGACAUAGGCAAAGAAUGUUAUUCCUCAUUCUUUCCACAAUAAAUUAAAACACUCAUACCAAGCUGUGUAAUUCAGUGGUAUAUGAACUUGAAAUUAAUGAUGCACACUUGUAAUUUGCACAGAUGUCAGACAAUUUGUAAAUGAAUUCCAAAUAAAUCAUAUUCACACCAA